AUGGAGAUUGAAAGCAUGGUGGCAAACAGUGCUCUUAUCAAAGCCAGGGAAGGUGGAAGGAGUAAAGGCAGAAGCUGGAAAUGGAGAGAGAUGCUUCGCUUUCCUCACAUAAGUCAGUGUGUGGACCUGGCCAUGAGCAUUGAACGAGACUAUCACAGUCUAUGUGUGAACCAGCCUAUUGGCAAGAAACUUUUCCAGCUCUUCUGUCGGAGUCGUCCUGAUGUGCAGAACUACAUGUCCCUCCUGGAUGCACUGGACAUCUUUGACACAAAGUCGGACGAUGAGAGAAGAGAGUUUGGCAUCAGCAUCAUUCAGAGAUUCCUCACGAGUCAGUCGUAUCAGUGUGUACCCACACUGCUGAGCCAUGAACAGAGAAGCAUCCAGAGACUGGAGCUGGAUCCCUGUAGGGACAUCUUCCAUGACUGCAGGGAAGACCUACACAAACACCUGAGUGGAGAGGCCUUCAAACUAUACCAGGAGAGCAUGUUCUUUGACCGUUUUCUGCAGUGGAAGAUGUUGGAGAGGGAGCCCAUCAGCAAGCAUAAAUUCAGACAGUACAGACUUCUGGGGAAAGGCGGGUUUGGAGAGGUGUGGGCUUGUCAGGUGCGAUCCACAGGAAUGAUGUACGCCUGCAAGAAGCUGGAGAAGACCCAUGUGAAGAAGCGGCGAGGGGAGGCCAUGGCUCUCAAUGAGAAACGGAUACUUGAAGGAUUGGUCAGUCGAUUUGUGGUGAACCUGGCUUAUGCUUAUGAGACCAAGCACGCCCUCUGUAUGGUUCUGACCAUGAUGAGCGGUGGGGACUUGAGGUAUCACAUUUAUAACAUCGGAGUUCCCGGCCUGGAGAGAGACAGAGUAUGUUUCUACGCUGCAGAAGUCUGCUGUGGUUUGAUGCACCUUCAUCAGAAGUCCAUAUUAUACAGAGAUAUGAAACCAGAAAACAUUCUGCUGGAUGACAACGGACACAUCCGCAUCUCUGACCUGGGCCUGGCUGUGAGGCUCUCCGAGGGGAGUCUGGUGCGAGGAAGAGUGGGCACGCUGGGCUACAUGGCUCCCGAGGUGAUCGGCCAUGAUCAUUAUGGGAUGAGUGCAGACUGGUGGGGCCUCGGCUGUCUGAUUUAUGAAAUGACCUCCGGGCUGCCGCCGUUCAGAGCCCGAGGAGAGAAUCUAGGUACCUCAGAGAUGGAGCGACGGAUUCAGACGCAACAGGAGGAAUAUAAUGUCAAGUUCGGCAGGGAGGUGAAAGAAUUCUGCUCAUCGCUGCUGACCAAGGACCCAAGGCAGAGGUUGGGCUGCCAGGGGUCAAAGGGAGAGGAAGUCCGGUCACAUUCUUUCUUCCAAAAUAUCAACUUCCGGAUGCUGGAGGCGGGACUCGUCCAGCCUCCGUUUACACCUGAUCCCAGACAGGUGUACUGCAGUGAUGUGCAGGACAUUGAAGAGUUUUCUACAGUGAAGGGAGUCAGUCUGGACCGAGUAGACGAUGACUUCUACGCCAAGUUCAACACAGGCAGCAUUCCUAUAACCUGGCAAAAUGAGAUAAUAGAGACAGGAUGUUUUAAGGAGCUGAAUGUUUUUGGCGCAGUUGGAACCCGAAGCCUGGACCUGGAGUGGUCCCAGGCCCCUGACAGCCCCAAACGCAGCCUGCUGAACCGAAUCUUCCGCAGACACCAUAUUUCGGACUCGUCAGACGAAAGCAAACAGAGCUUGGUGCCAGAGGAAACCUACCUGAAGUCAGGACUUCUCAGCACCGCCCUCUGA